AAUAUGCGGAAUUAUUUUGUUUGCUUAUUACGGUUUUAUAAUUUAUUGGCAGACAUGAGUGAAAUAGAAUUAUCAUGUAGUUUGAAUUUAUUUGUUUACCCCGCGCAUUGUGAAAAUAUGCUGUUAUUGGAAUAUUAAGACAUUAGUGGUGCAGAAUGUUGGCGUCUCCGUUAAGUCCCCAUGAUGUGACAGGUCAGCUGACCACCUUCCGAUCCUACGUUGCCUUGAUAGCAGACCCCACCCCUGGAAUUGUGGAGAAGAAGUUGAAGGCUGCCCAGGAACUCAGUGAGAACUUUGAAAGUGUGGUGCUGUCGCCCCAGUAUUCCCAAUUUCUAGGAGAGGCUCUAAAAGUCUUCCUCAAGAUUCUGGAUGAUGGAGAACCUCAGUUCAUUGCAGAACAACACAUGCAGGUCAGGGAACAAUAUUGGAGAUCAUUACAUCAACUCAGAAAGUUGUUGUUAGAGAUCAUUCAUCGCAUUCCUAGCAAUGAGCACCUGAAGAAAUUUGUUCAACAGAUUCUGUCUCUCAUGUUCAAGCUCCUGAAGAUUGAAAAUGAAGAGAAUGUGCUGGUUUGUUUACGGAUCAUCAUAGAACUCCACAAGCAGUACCGGCCCCAGAUGAAUGAAGAGAUAAAAGACUUUCUCCAGUUUGUUAAGACUAUCUACAAUACUAUUCCCAGCCACUUGUCAAAGAUCUUCGAACCCCGCAGUCAGAUUAAAGUUAAGGAUGUCACAGAGGUCAAUGUGGACACUAUCCUACAAGAGACAUUCACCACAACCACCAUCCUGACUGACAAGAAAAAUGCAGACAAUCAGAAUAUAUCAUACAACAUUAUCCCGCGUGGAGUACUGUCACUGAAGGUUCUGGCAGAGUUACCCAUCAUCGUGGUCCUGAUGUACCAGCUAUACAAACCCAACGUGCACCAGGAAGUGGCCGAGUUCAUCCCACUCAUCAUGAACACCAUCACCCUGCAGCCCUCAGCAAUCCACAAGACGAGUCCAUCAUUUAACAAGGAAGUUUUUGUGGAUUUCAUAGCAGCUCAAAUCAAAACCCUGUCCUUCCUAGCAUACAUUAUCCGAAUUUAUCAGGAACAAGUUCAGCAGCAUGCUGGGCAUAUGGUUAAUGGACUUCUGGGAUUGCUAGAGUUUUGUCCACAGGAAGUGGCCCAUCUCAGAAAGGAACUGUUGAUCGCAGCUCGGCACAUACUGGCUACUGACCUCAGAAACAAGUUUGUGCAGUGCAUUGACAAGCUGUUUGAUGAGAAAAUUUUAAUUGGAUCCGGAUGGACUACUCAUGAAUCAUUGCGCCCUCUGGCCUACAGUACAUUAGCAGACUUGGUCCAUCAUGUUCGCCAGGCCUUGCCCCUGAAGGAGCUCUCGAUGGCCGUCAAUUUGUUCUCAAAGAAUGUUCAUGAUGAGUCACUCCCCAGCAGCAUACAGACAAUGUCAUGUAAACUUCUGCUGAAUCUGGUGGAGUGUAUCCGAGCCAAGAGUGAGCAAGAGAAUGGGAAUGGGAGAGAAUUGCUGAUGAGAAUGCUUGAAGUUUUUGUUCUAAAGUUUAAGACCAUUGCUAAAGUUCAGCUGCCUCAGAUCCUGCAGAAAUGCAAACAACAGCCACAGAGUUCUACACAACAAACAUCGACCUUGACCGAUGCCAAACAGAAUGUGGAGGUCAAGGUUGAGGCCCCCAAGACACCGGUGGAGGAGAGUAAACCGCCUAUGACCUCCUCCUCCUCACUUCUGGGAGAUACAGCAACCAAAGAGACUGACAAGGCCUGGACAGAAAAGUCACUGCAGAAUCGUUUUGGAGUGACUCCAAGUCAGUACACUGUUUACUCCGUCAGUGAUUGUAGGAGCCUGGUUAAAACACUGGUGUGUGGAGUCAAGACCAUUACCUGGGGCAUUGUAUCCUGUAAAGCUGUGGGGCCAGAAGCUGCCACAGUACAAAACAAACAGUUCUUACCCAAAGAAGCCCUAGUCUACAUCCGUCUGGUCAAGUUUGCAUUGCAGGCACUGGACAUUUACACCAUUAACAUCGGCGCUAAUGGUCAAGCGGUCAUCAGACCAGCAGUGGUUCAGACAGUCAGAACGAAGGAGGAGAAGGAAGUCUUGGAACAUUUUGCUGGAGUUUUCACGAUGAUGCAUCCUCUGACCUUCAAAGAGAUCUUCUCCUCGACAGUGGAGUACAUGGUGAAUCGGAUUCACAACAAUUAUGCUCUACAGAUUGUGGCCAAUUCCUUCCUGGCUAACCCCACAACUUCCGCCACAUUUGCCACCAUUCUGGUCGAUUACCUUCUAGCCCGGCUUGAGGAGAUGGGCUCCAAUCUGGACCGCUCUAAUCUCUAUCUGAAGUUGUUCAAGCUGGUUUUUGGAUCAGUGUCACUAUUUGCCAAUGAGAAUGAACAGAUGCUGAAGCCACAUCUGCAUACUAUUGUGAAUCGCUCCAUGGAGUUGGCAAUGAGUGCAAAGGAACCAUAUAACUACUUCCUGUUGUUGCGAGCAUUGUUCCGCUCUAUUGGAGGAGGGAGUCAUGACUUGCUGUAUCAGGAGUUCCUUCCCCUCCUUCCUAAUCUACUGCAGGGCUUAAACAGCCUCCAGAGUGGCCUACACAGACAGCAUAUGAAGGACUUGUUCGUUGAGCUGUGUCUGACUGUUCCAGUGCGUUUAAGUUCCUUGUUACCGUACCUUCCCAUGCUGAUGGACCCGCUGGUGUCAGCGCUGAAUGGGUCGCAGACUCUGGUCAGUCAGGGACUUCGGACACUGGAACUGUGUGUUGACAAUCUACAACCAGACUUCCUGUAUGAUCAUAUCCAGCCUGUACGAGCAGAACUCAUGCAGGCAUUGUGGAAGACUCUCAGAAGUCCUGUAGACAAUAUUGCUCAAGUUGCAUUUCGAGUUCUGGGGAAAUUUGGUGGAGGGAAUCGCAAGAUGCUGAGGGAGCCCCAAAAGCUCCACUACAAUGACCGCGAGACAGUAGGGCCUUGUAUCUCUAUCUAUGUGCAGGACUGCAAGACCCCCAUCACCAAGCCUGUAGAGAAGGCUGUGGACUUUGCCCUGACCACUCUUAAAUGCAGCACCACGGAUAAUUUUGCUCGGCGUCAGGCAUGGGAACUUAUCAAGUGUUUCCUGGUCUCUGUAAUGAAUCUAGACGAUGAGAAACAGACAUUGACCAACCUGUUCACACACACCAGCUUUACGGAGAAGGAAAUCCCCUUGCAGACUAGUCAGCUGUAUAAGAAUCCAGAUGCUCACUCCAGGAAAGUUCAUGAGCAGGCUCUCACUGGCAUGUUUGUGGCGGCUGCCAUUAAAGAGUUAAGACAGACUGCUCUUCCUUUUAUGGCGUGUAUGGUCAGACACUACACCAUGAUUGCCAUAUCUCAGCAGUGUGGUCCGUUUCCUGUGAGUGAAAAACAGAACAAGCUGCAGGGGAUGGACACACAGAUCCUGAUUGAUGCCCUGGCUGUCAUCAUGGGACACGAAGAAAAGGAACUGUGUAAACCCGGAAACCUUGCCCUGGUGUUGAUUCUGGACACGGCGACUACCAUACUGGGCAGCAAGGAGAGGGCCUGUCAGCUGCCGCUGUUUGAGUACUUAGUGGAGAGGAUGUGUUCUCUUUGUUAUGACAGAGCAUGGUAUGCUAAGUUUGGAGGGUGCCUAGCUAUUCGGUUUAUGUACGAGAGGAUGGCCUUGAAGUGGGUGUUGGAGCACCAGUUUAUCUUUCUGAAGGCACUUCUGUUUGUGAUGAUGGACCUCACAAAAGAGGUGUCCAGUGGAGCUGUUGACUGGGCCAAGAACAACCUGGAGAAUAUGCUGAUCAAGUGUGCCUCAGAAAUCGAUGCAGAGAAAUCCUCAGAGGAGAUCCUUGCAGCACAGAAAAAAUCUUUACACGAGGUGGUGCACGAACUAGUCCGGCAGAUCACCUCCCCUAACACUAUCGUCAGGGAACAGGCAAUGCAUUCACUGGAGACUCUGGCCAAGACUACCGGCAAGUCAGUGACGGACAUCAUGGAGCCCCAUAAGGAGGUCCUUCAAGACAUGAUUCCUCCCAAAAAACACCUCUUGAGGCACCAGCCUGCUAACGCUCAAAUCGGACUCAUGGAUGGGAACACCUUCUGUACCACUCUACAGCCUCGACUCUUUACCAUUGAUCUUAAUGUGUUGGAGCACCAAGUCUUCUUUACAGAGUUGCUGAGCCUUUGUGAGGCGGAGGAUGCUGUUCUAUUGAAGCUACCGUGUUACAAAUCGGUGACAGAUCUGGUCCCUCUCAGGAAAAGUGCUCUCCGAGCUCUGGCGGCGUGUCAUUACAUCUCCAACAAGAGGGAGAAGAUAUUUAAUGUCCUGUACAAAGCUCUGAACAGCAACAGUACGGAGCUUCAGGAGGUGGCCCACGGCUGUACAAAGAAGUUUAUAAUGGGCUGUCAGAUUGACAUGGAGAGUGUGCACACAGCCAUCCGCCCCCUCCUCCUGACUUUGGGGGACCACCGAAAUCUCAACUCCAGCAUCAUACAGAGACUAUCCUACAUCACUCAGCUCUUCCCAAACACAUUCAACGAGAAACUCUGUGAACAGCUACUGACCCAUUUAAAGAAAUGGCUAGAGGUAGCAACUAUAAGUCAAAAGAGUGGUCAGAACAAAUCUAAUGGGCAGGUCAUCGGUCAGCAGGCAUCCGAACAGACCCCACAACAAAAUGAACUAAAGACGUGUGCAGCCAUUAUUAACAUUUUCCACAUGAUCCCAGCAGCCAGCAGCAAGCUGUUAGAGCCACUCAUCAUGGUCACCCUCAGUGGAGAAAAAUCUCUCUUUUUAGAGGCUGGAAGUCCCUUCAGAGACCCUUUGGUCAAGUUCCUGUCACGGUACCCGGAUGUCACAGUUGAUUUGUUUUUGAGCGAGACUAGGCUAAAGGAUCAUCAGUGGAACAGACUGUUUGAGUUUAUCCUGACCCACAGUGAUGGCAAAAAAUUUCGAGAAGUUCUAGAGGCAAACCCAACUAAACUCCUGAACAUUGGGCAGCAACAGACUGUGGAAAGCGUUCCAGUAACAGCUGGAACAAAUGACCUCCAGUUCCAGAUGAUCAAGUUGAUUAGCGUGCUGACCAAGUAUGAGGAAGCAUGGCUGUCUCAGCACACACAGAUUGUCACCCAUUUGUUGUCGAUAUGGAAAAGUGAAGGUUUCCUGGAGAGACAUAAAAAAGUGGACUCUGUGGACUUUGUGAUUUGGAAGGAACCAGCUCUGCUUGUGAAAUGUCUGCUGAAUUACUUCAAGUACCACACUAAUGAGAUUGAGCUGCUGUUUCACAUCCUUCGUUGCUUCACCACACGCUUCAUCAUCCAGUUCCAGUUUGUCAAGGACUUCCUAGAUAACGUGGUGGCCACAACAUACACCAUUGAAUGGAAGAGGAGUGCUUUCUUUCAAUUUGUGGACACCUUUCAUGACCAGACAUGGACACAAGAUUUGAAAGCCAAAAUCCUGCAGCAUAUCCUGAUUCCUUGUUUUCAACAUGCUUUUGAGAAAAGUGAUGGAGAAAAACUGAUUGGGGGCCCACCGACUCCAGACCAAGAUAACCCGGAGAACAUCAUCAGCGCCUUCAUUACCAAAAUUAUUGACCCCGAGAACCCGUUUGGGACCUCAGAUUCUGUUAGGAUUCUGCUGCUUCAGUUAUCAUCUCUUCUAGUGGAGCAAGCCUCUUCUCACAUCCAUGAUGCCAACAACAAGAAGCAGGGUAACAAGUUGCGACGACUGAUGACGUUUGCCUGGCCGUGUCUACUCAGUAAAAAUUGUGUCGACCCGGCCACCAAGUAUCAUGGGCAUCUCCUACUGUCUCACAUCAUUGCAAAGUUUGCCAUCCAUAAGCGCAUUGUACUGCAGGUGUUUCAUAGCCUCCUGAAGGCCCACGCAGUGGAAGCCCGGGCUGUGGUUAGACAGGCCCUGGAGAUCCUCACUCCAGCCAUGCCCGGCCGUAUGGAAGAUGGAAAUGGCAUGCUGACUCACUGGACCAAGAAGAUCAUCGUAGAGGAGGGUCACACCGUCGCUCAGCUGGUCCACAUUCUACAAUUAGUUGUGAGGCAUUACAAAGUGUAUUAUCCGGUCAGACAUCAUCUAAUUCCUCACAUGGUCAACUCCCUGCAGAGACUUGGAUUCACAUCUAGUGCCACUAUAGAGCACAGGAAGUUGGCUGUUGACCUGGCAGAAGUUGUCAUCAAGUGGGAGGUCCAGAGAGUUAAGGAAGAGCAAGAGACAGUCGAGCCAACGCCUGACUUGACCCAGCCACUGCAACAAAAUGUGCCAACAAAACGCCCAGCACCAGGGACUCCAUUAUCCGUGGACUCUCCCCAGGAAGCCAAGCGGUCACGACACUCAUCGGGGGCCCCAAGUGAGAGUAACAAGAGUGUGACAGAGAGCAACAAACCAAUCGAGAAGAACUACUGCGACGCCGUGGUGAACUUCCUGUUACGGAUCGCAUGUCAGGUGAAUGAGAGCCCAGGAUCCCCUGGUGAACUGUUGUCACGGCGAUGUGUGACUCUCCUGAAGAUGGCGCUACGUCCAGACUUCUGGCCAAACACAGAGUUAAAGCUGGCCUGGUUUGACAAACUCCUGACGACAGUAGAAAACCACCAGCCAAACUUCAACAACAUCUGUACAGCACUAGAGCUGCUGAGUUUCCUGCUGACAAUAUUGAAAAAGGACACAAUUCUCUCCAGCUUCAAGCCCCUUCAGCGUGGCAUAGCAGCUUGCAUGACGUGCCCCAACACCAAGGUGAUUCGCGGUGUCCAUAGCCUUCUGUCGCGACUGAUGAGUUUCUUCCCCACGGAGCCAGUGACAUCAAAUGUGGCGUCUAAAUACGAGGAGCUGGAAUGUCUCUAUGCAUGUGUGAGCAAGGUUGUCUAUGAAGGGCUCACCAACUACGAAAAGUCAACCAAUGGCUCCCCCACCCAGCUGUUCAGCACCUUGAUGAUCCUGAAGGCAGCAUGCAUGCACAACCAGUGCUACAUUGAUCGACUCAUCACCACAUUCAUGAAAGUCCUGCACAAGAUGGCACGUGAACAUCUUCAACCCACCUCCACUGAGACAAGUCCUAUGGCCAGUGAGCUGUUGAUACUGAGCUUGGACCUUGUCAAGAACAGAGUCGGGGUGAUGUCCCUUGAGAUGAGGAAGAGUUUUAUUGGUCAGAUUUUGGUUGGACUGAUUGAGAAAACCUCGGAUUCCAAAGUCAUGAAAGCUAUCACUAAAAUGGUGGAGGACUGGGUCAAAACAAAGACCCCUAUUGCCAUUAACCAGUCCCCAGUCAUCAGGGAGAAAGCUAUCCUUCUAGUCAAACUGAUGCAGCAUGUGGAGAAAAGAUUCCCUGAUGAGCAAGAAUUAAAUGCUCAGUUCCUGGAACUCGUUAAUUACAUAUACAGGGAUGAGAGCCUGAGUGGGACGGAGCUAACCUCUAAGUUAGAGCCCGCCUUUUUAGCGGGACUGAGGUGUAACCAGCCUCCCAUCAGACAGAAGUUCCUAGAGGUGUUUGACAACAGUAUUCCAAAGAGGAUUUUUGAUCGCUUGCUGUACAUCACCUGUUCACAGAACUGGGAAUCCAUGGGAGGACAUUUUUGGAUCAAACAAUGUCUAGAGCUGAUUCUGGCUGUGGCAAUGACAGGUCACACCAUACAGAGUUCCUCCCAAAUGAAUCUCCUCCCAUCAGCCAGUAGUAUUGUAAAUCUGGCCGACAGCCAGGAACGUGCUGCAUUUGCUAACAUCAUGAAAAUGAAAGAGGAACCAAUGGAUGUUGAAUCUCUAGACUCCAACAAAGAAGAAGAGGAGAUCGACAUGGAGUUAGGGGGUGUGUCCUCUGAUGAUAACACUUCCUCUAAAGAACCUCCCAAAAAAGAGCUACAGGAACCAAAACAGAGCAUCAGCACACUGCUACAGAGACAGGCCAAGUUCCUUGAGGGCUGUCGAGAGGUCAAGACGGUAUCCUACUUAAAUGCCUUGUCCCAGCUGUGCCAUAGUACUACAGAACUGACUCAUAGUAUUUGGGUCGACAUUUUCCCAAGGAUCUGGAAAAUCCUCUCUGAGAAACAGCAAGCAAUGAUCUCCGGUGAACUGAUUCCAUUUAUGUGCAGUGGAAGCCAUGUCAUUCAGAAGGAUUGCCAUCCCAGCUCCACACACACCUUUCUGGAGGGACUGUCAAAUGUGGUACCCCCCGUACAGAUUAGGCCGGCGGUUCUGAAGUAUCUUGGUAAAACACACAAUCUCUGGCACAGGGCCUGUCUAUUACUGGAACAGAUUGCAUUUGAAAACAACUCUCAGCAAGCACUAAAGAAUCGUCCGGGAAGCGAGUACGAGUUUGAACCAGUCCAAUCCUCUCCACAGGAAACUUUGGACUGUCUUUGCGAGCUGUACUCUCUACUGAAAGAGUCAGAUAUGUGGACUGGCCUCUGGCAAAAACGAUCAAAAUUUACAGAAACCAACACUGCCAUAGCCUACGAGCAGCAUGGAUUCUUUGAACAGGCUCAAACUGCUUUUGAACAGUGUAUGACAAAGGCCAGACAGGAACACAACACAGCCCCAACCCAGCCCUCUAUAUUACCAGAGUACAGGCUGUGGGAGGAGCAUUGGAUCAGAUGUUCUAAGGAGUUGAAUCAGUGGGACUUGCUGCUGGAGUAUGCCACGUCUAAAGGAAACACUAACCCCCACCUGGUCCUGGAGAGUGCGUGGCGGGUCCCCAACUGGUCUGUGAUGAAGGAUGCACUGGCCCAGGUGGAACUCAGCUGUCCCAAGGAAAUGGCCUGGAAGGUCAACCUGUACAGAGGUUAUAUUGCUAUCUGUCACCCUGACGAUCACCAUCUCAAUAUGGUUACUAUGAUUGAGAGGUUGGUGGAGGUGUCCAGUAAUCUGGCCAUCAAGGAGUGGCGCCGCCUGCCCUCCAUUGUGUCCCACAUCCAUGUGCCCCUCCUACAGGCCGCCCAGCAAAUCAUGGAGCUCCAGGAGGCCGCCCAGAUAAACCAGGGACUGCAGCCUGCCAACAUAACACGUAGCUCCAGUCUACACGACAUGAAGGCCAUCGUGAAAACCUGGAGGAACCGCCUGCCCAUGAUAUCUGAUGACCUUUCCCACUGGAGUGACAUCUUCACCUGGAGACAACACCACUACCAGUUCAUUGUCAAUCAUUAUGACUCCCAUGCCCAGCAAGACCCACAAAACAGCAACCACUCAAUGCUUGGCGUCCACGCCUCAGCUCAGGCAAUCAUUCACUUUGGGAAAAUCGCCCGGAAACACGGUCUGACAGGGGUUUGUUUGGAUUCCCUCAGCAGGAUCCACACCAUCCCUAGUGUACCCAUUGUAGACUGUUUCCAAAAGAUCAGGCAGCAGGUCAAGUGUUACCUACAGAUGGCCGGCACCAUGGGCAAGAACGAGCUCCAGGAGGGCCUUGAGGUGAUAGAGUCCACAAACCUCAAGUACUUCACCAAGGAGUUCACCGCAGAGUUCUACGCAUUGAAGGGGAUGUUCCUGGCCCAGAUUGGCCGCUCUGAGGACGCAAACAAGGCCUUUAGUGCUGCCGUCCAAAUGCACGACACACUGGUCAAAGCCUGGGCACUGUGGGGAGACUAUCUGGAGAAUGUCUUCACUAAGGAAAAGAAAACAGAGCUGGGUGUGUCGGCCAUCACCUGUUUCCUGCAUGCCUGCCGGCACCAGAACGAGAGCAAAUCUAGGAAGUACCUGGCAAAGGUUCUGUGGCUGCUGACGUACGACGACGAGAAGUCGGCUCUGGCUGAGGCAGUGGACAAGUACUGCGUGGGGGUACCACCUAUACAGUGGCUGCCCUGGAUUCCUCAGCUGCUAACAUGUCUGGUGAGAAGUGAGGGUCGCCUCAUCAUGAACCUCCUCAGUCAGGUCGGCAGGAUGUACCCACAGGCUGUGUACUUCCCUAUCAGAACCUUGUACCUCACCCUCAAGAUCGAGCAGCGUGAGAGAUACAAGAGUGGGGAUCCUAGUGCAGCCCCGGUCAGUAGAACGCCCUCCACUUCCCAGCAGUCCUCAUCAGUCACCAUGACAACAGCUACUACAACAAUGACCUCAAGUUCAUCAGGUCCCCCCGGAUCUUCUGUACCAUCCACUCCCACCACCCCAGGGAUUUCUUUAACAGAUGAACCACUUCAUGUCACAGUCCCCAUCUCCUCCACAACCGCCCAGGGUACCUCCAGUCAGGGGGGUCAGAAGGCAGGAUCCUCCCAGCAGACAGAUGCAGGUCCCAUCAGAGCCCCUGCCCCAAUGUGGAGGUGUAGCAAGAUCAUGCACUUACAACGGGAGCUCCACCCUACCAUCCUUAAUUCACUGGAGGGAAUCGUAGAUCAGAUGGUAUGGUUCCGUGAGAACUGGUACGAGGAAGUGCUGAGACAACUCAAACAAGGACUGGCUAAGUGCCAUGCGGUGGCCUUUGAGAACAGAGGUGCUGUCUGUCCUGUAGUGGCUGACGCAACCAUCACUCCACAUACCCUGAACUUUGUGAAGAAGUUGGUCAGUACCUUUGGGGUGGGGAUAGAGAAUGUCUCGAGUGUCAGCACCACCUUCUCCAGCGCCGCCUCGGAAUCACUCGCCCGCCGUGCUCAGGCCACUGCACAGGACCCGGUGUUUCAGAAGAUGAAGAGCCAGUUCACCACGGACUUUGACUUUAAUGUCCCAGGAUCCACCAAGUUACACAACCUGAUCAACAAGCUGAAGAAGUGGAUUAAGAUUCUGGAGGCCAAAACCAAACUAUUACCCAAAUCUUUCCUGAUUGAAGAGAAGUGUCGAUUUUUGAGCAACUUUUCUCAGCACACUGCUGAGGUAGAACUGCCGGGGGAGUUCUUGUUACCAAAGCACAGCCAUUAUUAUGUGAGGAUUGCCCGCUUCAUGCCUAGAGUUGAAAUUGUACAGAAGCACAACACAGCCGCCCGAAGAUUGUACAUCCGGGGACACAAUGGAAAGGUGUACCCCUACUUGGUUGUCAAUGAUGCUUGCCUCACUGAAUCACGUCGGGAGGAACGAGUACUUCAGCUGUUACGAAUGAUGAAUCACUUCCUGACCAAACAGAAGGAAACACUUCGCAGACUGCUUUACUUCACAGUCCCCCGCGUGGUAGCCAUUUCUCCUCAGAUGCGAUUGGUGGAAGAUAACCCCGCCUCCAUCUCAUUAUUGGAUGUUUAUAAACAGAGAUGCACGAAGCGAGGUCUUGAACAUGAUGCUCCUGUUGCUAGGUAUUAUGAGCGCCUGGCAACUGUGCAGGCUCGGGGGUCACAGGCCAGUCACCAGGUGUUAAGGGACAUUCUGAAGGAUGUACAGAGUAACAUGGUCCCACGGGGGCUGCUAAAGGAGUGGGCAGUUCACACAUUCCAGACCGCCACUGAUUACUGGACAUUCAGGAAAACGCUGACGAUACAAUUGGCACUGAUGGGGUUUGCAGAGUUUGUCCUCCAUCUGACUAGAAUGAACCCUGACAUGAUAUACCUUCACCAAGACUGUGGCUACAUCAACAUUUCUUAUUUCAAGUUCGACAUAGAUGACCAGUCAGGAGAGCUGGAUGCUAACCGCCCAGUACCAUUCCGAUUGACCCCGAAUGUUGCCGAGUUCUUGACAAUGACCGGAGUUAACGGUCCACUAACUGCAUCCAUGGUUGCUUCGGCCAGAUGUCUGGUUCAGCCACAAUACAAACUGCCCAGUUUUCUACGUGCUGUGCUCAGAGACGAAUAUAUUACGUGGCACAAGAAAAAGCAGGAGGAACUGAAGCCAGGAGUAGAACCAACAGACAUGGACAGUGAACAGUUAAUCACCAUGGUCAACAAAGCUGUGGCAGCUAUCACAACCAGACUUCAUAAUUUAGCCACGUUUGAUGGAGCGGAGAGCCGUGUGAGCACCCUUGUAGCAGCAGCAAACAGCCAUGACAAUCUGUGCAGAAUGGACCCAGCAUGGCAUCCCUGGCUGUAAGGGGUCUAAAAGUCGGCAGGCAUCAUGAGAUGGAAGGGACAUAACUCCAAUAGCGCUGUGAAAUAAGAAGCUGUUCACUGUUUGGUGAUCGACUGUGAAAUAAGAAGCUGUACACUGGUGAUCGACUGUGAAAUAAGAAGCUGUACAUAUCUGUAGCAUAUCUGUACAUGUAUAUAUAUGUUUUAAAAUUAGUAUGAGGUGUUAUAUUUUCAUUUUAUUUCUGUACAUACUCCAUAAAUAAGAAGCUGUACACUGGUGAUCGACUGUGAAAUAAGAAGCUGUACACUGUUUGGUGAUCGACAUCAGCUUUAAAUCUUUUGUCGACAAAAAUGUUGAAGGUUGAAUUGACUGUGAGAGAGGAACAUAUAAAGUGAAUUACAUUUGUAAUUGUUGGUGACUUUACCUGCUGUGUACUUGUAAGACUGUUUGUUAAUUAUAGGUUUGUAAGACUGUUUGUUAAUUAUAGGUUUUGAGUGAAUUACCAUUGUAUUUUUAUCCACAAAAUUUUUAUUUGAGCCAUAAUGUUGAGCAUAUCUGUACAUGUAUAUAUAUGUGUUAAAAUUAGUAUGAGGUGUUAUAUUUUCAUUUUAUUUCUGUACAUACUCCAUCAAUAUCAAAUAUAUAUCUGCAUCUGAAGGCAUCUCUUUACAUAAGUUUAAAUAAAGCACGUACUCCGUAUUUAAAAAAAAAA